CCCCAAAGCAUCCCCAGCUGCCUGAGGGUACCUACAAAGAAGGCCUGCUGGGGCUUUUGUCAAGCCUUUAGGUUAGCACACAGGGCUUUAGCUUUGCCCUUUCUGUUGCAGCGCUUCAAGCGACUCCUGAUUGUUUUUGUUCCUUUUUCAUACAACUUCCCAUCAGCGAGAUGUCACUGUCGAUGGGAGCCGGGGAGUCACAGUGUUCGCUGUCAGCUGAACUUUCCCCCCAGUGCUUUUCUGCUGGCCUGCUGACCGAAACCUUCCUGAAGCUGCCGAAGAUGUGACGACAUUGACGCUUCCUCCAGACCAGAGCCCGGGCAGCGGAGAGGAAGCGCCCCGAGCUCCCCGCGCCGCGCUGUUCCCCGCGGGGCUCCCGCACGGCAGGAAUAACAUGUGUGGAAGUACUUGCUUUUGUUGAUCACCUGUACCCUGACACAAGAGCUCCAGCUUAAUCAUUCUCUUCAAAUUCUGCUCUCAGAACAUGGGGGAAAACGACGAUGAAAAAUACAACCAAGCUGGCCAGGUAUUUGAAAACUUUGUACAAGCAUCAACAUGCAAAGGAACCAUUCAGGCCUUCAAUAUUCUCACUCGACAACUUGAAUUAGAUCCUUUGGACAAUAGAAACUUUUACACCAAACUGAAAUCGAGAGUGACCACGUGGAAGGCCAAAGCUUUGUGGAACAAGCUUGAUAAAAGAGCAAGUCACAAAGAGUAUAAACGUGGAAAGUCUUGUAUGAACACUAAGUGUUUAAUUAUUGGAGGUGGCCCGUGUGGGCUGCGGACUGCCAUAGAGCUCGCCUUCCUGGGAGCCAAGGUGGUCGUGGUGGAGAAGAGGGACACCUUCUCCAGGAACAACGUGCUGCACCUCUGGCCCUUCACCAUCCACGACCUCCGGGGACUGGGAGCAAAGAAGUUCUAUGGGAAGUUCUGUGCGGGAUCCAUUGAUCACAUCAGUAUUCGACAGCUUCAACUCAUCCUCUUCAAAGUUGCACUUAUCCUGGGAGUCGAAAUCCACGUGAACCUGGAAUUUGUGAAAGUCCUGGAGCCUCCUGAAGAUCAAGAAAACCAAAAGACAGGUUGGAGGGCUGAAUUUCUCCCCAUGGAUCACCCUUUGUCAGAGUAUGAAUUUGAUGUUAUCAUUGGUGCAGAUGGCCGCAGGAACACGUUGGAAGGCUUCAGGAGGAAGGAAUUUCGUGGAAAGCUGGCUAUUGCCAUCACUGCCAAUUUUAUAAACAGAAAUACAACUGCAGAAGCCAAGGUAGAAGAAAUUAGUGGGGUUGCUUUCAUCUUCAACCAGAAGUUCUUCCAGGACCUGAAAGAGGAAACGGGGAUUGACCUGGAGAAUAUUGUCUACUAUAAAGACAGCACACAUUAUUUUGUGAUGACAGCAAAAAAGCAGAGUCUUCUGGACAAAGGAGUGAUUAUUAAUGACUCCAUUGAUACCGAGCUGCUGCUCUGUGGGGAAAAUGUGAACCAGAACAAUUUGCUGUCCUACGCCAGAGAAGCUGCUGACUUUGCAACCAACUACCAGCUGCCUUCCUUGGAUUUUGCAAUUAAUCACUAUGGCCAACCAGAUGUAGCAAUGUUUGAUUUUACCUCCAUGUAUGCCUCUGAAAACGCUGCUCUGGUGAGAGAGAGGCACAGACACCAGCUCCUGGUGGCGCUUGUUGGAGAUAGUUUGCUUGAGCCCUUCUGGCCGAUGGGCACUGGCUGUGCACGAGGUUUCCUGGCUGCCUUUGACACGGCGUGGAUGGUGAGGAGCUGGGCACAGGGCAAGCCCCCGCUGGAGAUCCUGGCUGAACGAGAGAGCAUUUAUCGACUCUUGCCUCAGACGACCCCUGAAAACAUUAAUAAGAACUUUGAGCAGUACACCAUUGACCCGGGAACAAGAUACCCCAACUUGAACUCGAGCUGUGUUCGACCUCACCAGGUGAGACAAUUGUAUGUUACCAAUGAGCUGCAGCAGUGUCCUCUGGAAAGAGUGAGCUCCAUCAGAAGAUCAGUGAACCUCACAAGACAAGAGUCAGAUAUUCGGCCUAACAAGCUUUUGACGUGGUGCCAGAAGCAGACAGAGGGAUACCGAAAUGUUCAUGUCACUGACCUGAGCACCUCCUGGAAAAGUGGCCUUGCUCUGUGUGCCAUCAUCCAUCGCUUCAGGCCUGACCUCAUAGACUUUGACUCCCUGAACGAGGAGGACGUGGUGAGGAACAACCAGCUGGCGUUCGACGUGGCCGAGCAGGAGUUCGGCAUCCCCCCGGUGACCACGGGCAAGGAGCUGGGCUGGGCUGGGGAGCCCGACAAGCUGAGCAUGGUGCUGUACCUGUCCAAGUUCUAUGAGCUGUUCCGGGGCGCCCCGCUGCGUGCUGUGGAUGCUGAUGAGAAGCAAAAUGGAGAAAAUAAUGAUCUUGGAUCACCGAAAUCAUCGAAUUUCAUCUUUAAUAAUUAUAUCAAUUUAACUUUACCAAGAAAACGAGUACCAAAGGCUGAAGGGAAGACAGAAGAAAACGAGACGAACAAAAGGCGUCGGAAAGGACUCUUCGGUGUCUUUGAGCAGACUUCAGGCUGUCCAAGCCAGGAGACAAACAAUGGGAAGGAACAGAGUGAUGGCAGAGAAGGAAUGAACCAGAACAAAGUCAAAUCAAUGGCAACUCAGCUGCUGGCAAAGUUUGAGGAGAACACUUCAAAUACAAUUCUGCGGAGACAGGAGCUGACAGAUAGAGCAGCCCUGCUCUCCUCUGAGCCUCCUGUUAAUCCUCGCUUCGCUAAGCCUGUGGAUGCCAGCCUUCUUCCACCUCAAGCCAAAAGGCAGUUUCAGGUGGUAGCUAGGAGUGAACACGAGGUCAGGGAACCCAAACAGUCUUUAAAUGGUUCUGAUCAAAUGGCCAGGAGAGCAAAGACUGUGCACAGAACAGAUCCCCAGCCCAGUCUGGCAGAAACCUCUGAAAAUCUCGCAUCUGCCUGUUCUGCUGCAUUUGUACUUUCUGGAGUGCUUGAGCGUCUUCAGCACCUGGAGGAAAAAAUGAAACAGAAAAGAGCUCAGACCAUAGCAAAUAGGGAAUUCCAUAAAAAGAACAUUAAAGAGAAAGCAGCACAUCUCGCCUCAAUGUUUGGAUACGUGGAGUUUCCAAAGAAUAAGCUACCUACUAAAGGCUUACCCCAUUCUCAGCCCCCAACUCCCUCUUGCCCUCCACCUCAUCAUUCAGCUGCUGCUGCUUCAUCAUCUGUUGGUUCUGCUUCCUCUGCUGUUUCUUCUCAACAGACAACUGUAGGAAAGGUCUCCCGGGCAAUUGGAGCUGUGGCUGAAGUUCUUGUAAAUCUGUAUGUGAAUGAUCACAGGCCCAAGCCACAGCUUGAACUGAAGCGGUCUCUGGACAGAGCUGCAGGUUCUUGCCCCAUUCCUCACUCUCCAUCUGCUGCCUCCACUGCUCAGAGCUGUCAGGGUUCUCUGCGGAAGGAAUUCCCCAAGUCCAUCGGGGGGAGUGACAUCUGCUAUUUCUGCAAGAAGCGGGUCUAUGUGAUGGAGCGGCUGAGUGCAGAAGGCCACUUCUUCCACAGGGAGUGCUUCAAGUGUGAAAUAUGUUCCACAACACUCCGCUUAGGAAUUUAUGCCUUUGAUGUUGAAGAAGGUAAAUUUUACUGUAAACCUCAUUUUACACACUGCAAAAUCAGUACGAAACACAGAAAGAGAAGGGCAACAAUCCAGAUCCAUGGGCAGGAGGCGAUAGACACGUGGAAGAAGGUGGAAGCCAGGCCCACAGAGAUCAGCACAGAAAGCACUUUGUCCACUGCUAGCAGCCCAGAGGACAGGUCCCCAGCGGGUGGCAGAAAGGUGAAAUUCUAUUAUCUGGAGCAGCAGAUGAGUAAAUUUAAUUUCUUCUGGGUGUCCCUCAGCAAGGUGUACCUUAAUCUGUUCAACAGCAAGGACACAGUGACAUCCCAGUGCUCAUUGCUUUCAGCCUAGCUAGCCAGCCAGGUAAGCAUGCUCCCUGCCUUCCAAGCACUUAUUUAUGUUCAGAAGUUUACCAGGAAGUAGGUAAAUCCUUAGACAUGGCAAUAUGUGUAGCCUAAAAUGAAAAGCAUUUCUUUGGAGCCAGAAGGAUGUGGCAUAAACAAUAGGAAAUACUGUUGUGUUCAGUUAGCACCAAAAUCGAGAUCACCUGCCAGUGCUCUCAAAUGAUUGCUGCUGCCUGUGGGAUGGCAGCUCUUGGGCUUUGUUCUUUUGGUUUUUGUUUUAAUAUAAUGUGGGAAAAAGAUUAUUUGAAUUGUUUUGCCUCUUAGGUGUGAAAAGGAAAUGUUUCUGCUGUUUAAAAUAAAUGACAAACUGGAUCUUUCUUCUAGCUAGUUUGACUUUCUUUAAACUAUGAGGAUGAGCUUUUCACAUUUUAGAGUGGUUAUGUAUUUUGGGGAAAAUUUAUUAUUUUCUCUGCACAGAACUUGAAAAAGUGCUUGAAGAAAAUUUCUAGAUGUAAGGUAGCAUUCCUAACUUGCCAUUAAUGCUCAACCACGUAUUCAGCCAAACUUUGCUGCAAGAUUGAGUGCACACAGCAAUAAUUCCAGUUCCAUGGUGGCCAUCUGUAUAUAUGUCAUGUAUCUGUACCCUUCUUACAGCAUUUAAAAAAACCCCACUUGGAAACACUGUAUUAUUUUGAAUUAUUUUCUAAUGACAGUAACUGUUUCACCCUAAAAAGGAGACAGUCUGCAGUGCAACACAGCCAACUUCUGAGUGGUCAAGUUUCCAAAUUUGGGCUGCCAUCAAUUUUGGUUUCAGAUUUUGUGAGUAGGAGAGUCUUGGGGAACACUUCUAACUAAAGUUUUCUCCUGCUGUUUCCUACGGCAGAGUGAGCAUAAUGGUAAAUGUAGAGAAAAUGGUGAUGUAGUAAAAAACUUGGAAAUCUCUGGUCGAUGAACUUAAACUAAAUGAAUCUUACUAGUAGAAAUUGUAAAAAUAAGAUUAAAAAAAAAAUAAAAAUUAAAAUAUGGUAAUUGGUUUUAUAUGGAUUUGUAUAAUGGGGCAUAAAUCCCUACAUUUCCACAACAAAAUUCAGGAACUUGCAUAAUGAAAAUGUUUUCUUGAGGAAUCUUAAUUACCAUGCAUUUUCCAUUGGGAUUUUGCAGGUGAUUCUGUUGGGAGGGUUAUUUUAUUGGUAUCCAAUUGGUAGAUUUUAUUUUAUUUCCUUGCCUUACUGUUCUGCUAGUAAUACUCAUACCUGCUUGUCCUCAUUGAUAAUUGAAUGAAAAAAAAAGGCAGUCUCAUUUUGGCCAGUUAUUCUUUGUACCAGUGUGAUCUUCCUGAUGCUUUCCUACAUAACCAAGUGAAGUUCUGUGUUUUCUUCCCUGCUGUCUUCUCUGCCAACCUCCCUCAUUGCUUUUAGUCCAAUUCAACAUUCCGGUGCUGCACCCGCUCACUGGCUGAAGUCUUUCUGCUCUCAGGUGAUUUAUUUUUUUUUCCAGUUCCAAAAUUACGUGACUAACCCUUGUUGUUUGACAGCAUUUCAUUGUGUGUUUUGGGGGUUGUUUUUUAACUGUUGGAGCAAUCUGUGUGUCUGGUAUAUUAAUGGAGCUUUGGCAUGAUUAUUUAACCUGUUGCUGAAUUCACAGUUCUAGAAAAGGUGAUGUCUGUGCUCUUUGUACGGAAUGUUUUUCUCUCUCUCUGUGCAUGUGCGCUUCCCUGUGCCUUUAAGGUAAGUUAGGCAAGCCAAGGGUCUCUGGAAAGAACUCGUUAAAGGUGUAUUUCUUUCAAAGGAGGGAAGGAAAGCUUUUCAGUGAGGUGAGGGGUGAUGGCCCAGCAGAUUCUCUGGUUAGCAGGACAGCUGUCUGCAUCGAGCUCCCCCAGUCUGUGAGCCAGCAGUGGCUGAGCUCCUCCCUGCCUUCCUCCUGGAAAGGUGUCUGAAGGGUUUCUGCAGAAAAUCAGCCAAAGCCAUGCAAAUUCUGCUCUUCCCUCCAAGUGCCAGUGCAGGCAGCCCCAGAGGUGCCCGUGGUUCUCAUGCUGAGCUGUCAGUGCCCCAGCUCCGGGGGCUCUGGUUGGGUGCCUUUAUCACCUGCUGUGUGUGGCACUGGUGACCAGGUUCCUCUCACUGCUGAGCACUGCCAGCCCUCCCCAGGAGCAGCUCCCACCAGUGUUUUGUGUGCAUGUUUUACACAUUCCCAUUGCUGCCAUCACUGUGACAGUCUAGAAGGGGAAAUGGAUCCCAGCAAGAGCUCAGGAUGAGCAGAAGUGCACUCAGGGUCUGGCUGGUGUGCUCAUAGGCCAGCUGAGGAUCCCUCUCACAGGGAAGGGCCUUGGGGAAUUCAUCCUAGGAGCAGUUCUAGGAGGGGCCAAGCCUCCUCUGCCGUCUGUCCCAUUUCACACAGCUCAGGCAGGAACGUGGAGGGCAGCAGAGCCCCGUGCUCCUUGCCUUGCUGCUCUGUUUGCAUGGCUCAGCCACUUGUGUUUAUUUAUUUGUGUGGCACUCCUGGAACGGCUCGAUGGCUCUGACAGUCCCCACGCUGUGCCCACACAGAAUCUCUGUCUUUCAAACGUCCCUUCCUGCACCGGGGUGAGGCUCCCAGUGGAUUUCAGGGUGGCAUUGUGUUAUUACAAAGCUCAGCAUGCUUUAAUAUGAAGGUCCUGACAUAAAGGUCUGCCAUUUCAAACCACUUCCUACUGCUGUGUUUUUUACUCUCUGUUGCAGAGUCUUCCUUGCUCUUCCUGCCCAGUGAGGAUUCUGUCCUUCUCCUCCUAAAUCUUCUGUCUUCAUUUUACUUCAUAAUCUUAGCUGAAUAUUUUUAUUAAAUAGUUUUUAACUCUGUAUUUAAAUUUUCACAUGGAAAUUCUGUAUUUUGCACACGAUGAAAAUUGUUUUAGCUUUAUUUAUGAUAUCUGCUGUAAACAAAAAUAAAUGUAGUUCUUUAUAA